ACACAUCAUACAUACAUACAUACAUAAACAGACACAUACAUCACAUACAUACGUACGUGCGUACAUACAUACAUACAUACACGCACAUACUUACAUAUGUAAACACACACUCAUACAUACGUACGUAAACAUACAUACAUACAUACACACAUACAUACGUAAACACACAUACGCGCAUGCACACGUACGUAUACAUACAUACAUACAUACAUACAUGUGUAAAUGUGCACAAAUAUUUUACGUCAGAGAGCAAAAGCCAACCUCAGCAGAUAAAGAAUUUAAUAAAAGACAAAAAUAUAUAACGCGUCGUCUAUGUCCAUUUUAUACAACGCGAUAUAUUUUGUGUGAACACCGGUAAUGCACAUGUUGCAGGUGCUUUGGUUGUAAUUUGUUCGAUUUCCUAUGACGCAAUGUCAAACUUACUGAUAGGAGUUAUAAAAGCAAUUCAGUUACAGUCUGGAAUUACCAGAAACAUAUGUCUCAACAAAAUUCCUUCAGUGACUGUCUUGGAUAAUCUCUCAACAAAACUAACCAAGGCUAGUAUCUCAGCUGGAACCAAUAACUACUGCACUGUCACUGCUUCUUCUGCUGAACUUUCUCCAGCUCCUGAAAAUGAGGAAAAUAAAAAGACUGCAAAGUCGAAAGUGCAUCGAAAACGUUAUAAGAGAAUUCUGACUGCAAAAGAAAAAGAAGAAAAUAAAAAUUGGUUCAAAACAACUGUUUCAUGUUCUGACACCAAUUUGUUUGGUAAUAUUUGGCAAAGUACAAGGAAAUCUGCUCUUCAGCCAUUAAGAAACACUUCUAAAAUACAGAAAAAAAAAACAAUUGUUGAAAAACCAAAAGAACAGUUAUUAAGAAAUACUUCUGUAAUACAGGAAAAGAAAAGUACAGUUAGAAAACCAAAAGAAGUUUCUUUUAAGAAAUACCCUACCUUGAAAUCUGAAUCUUCUUGGUCUGAUAGUUUUGGGAGCCUAGCUGAGCCAUUGGAGCGAAGGAAAUUGCUCUACGAUGAAACUGAGGAUGACAGCUUCGUCGAUGACAAAAGAGAUGAAAAUGAAGGUCGAAAUCACAUCCGGCUCUCUCCAAAAGGUCGAUUACAUGAACCAUAUUGGUAUGCUGGAAGGAUCAAACAACUGGGAAAAGAAGGAAAGAUUUUGGAAGCUAUUGAUACACUGGAAGACAUGAUGCUAAAGAAACACCGUGUCAUGCCAAACGCUUAUGUUUUUAACCAACUUCUUGGUAUUCUUGGAAAAACUGGAUACACCAAGAAAGCUUUCAGUUUGUUUAAUAAAAUGAAGAAGAUGGGGAUACAACCUACAGGUCACACCUACACUUGUUUAUUCAACUGCUGUUCCAAUUCUCCUUGGUUGAGCGAUGGUUUACAAAGGACUCGUAAACUUCAUGAAUUAAUCCUUGAGAAAGAAGUGCCACUUCAUCCAAUCACAUACAAAGCAAUGAUAAAAUCUUACAGUGUCUGUGGUGACAUUCCGACAGCAUUCAAGGUUGCUGAUAGCUUCUGUGAAAUACAUCCUCCAGAUGCUGAAUUAUUCAGUUUCCUAUUGAUGGGAUGUGUAUCAGACAAAAAGGCAGGUCUCAGACAUGCCCUACAGGUUUGGAAACAAUUGGGCUCUCUGAAAAUUAAACCAGAUCUUCCACUCUACAACUUAUUAAUCCGUACAGUCAGGGAUUCAGGGUUUGGUACCACUAGUAAUGUUAUGAAUUUCCCUGAACGCACUGCACCAUCAAACCAUAAUAAGUCGACCUCAGUAGAUGAAGACAAAAUAAAUGAAGAUUGUGAAAUUCCAGUGAGCAGUGUAAAUCAUUCUAAAGCAGAUCAAAUCGUUCAACCAAUUAGCAAUUUGAUUGAAAAAGAACCAAACUAUUUCGAUCAGUCAGAGUCAGGAAAAAGUCUUGAUCUUACUUAUCCAGAUAAUCGACUUGCUCUGAUAGGUGGACCUUUCAGUAUUCUUAAAGAUAUGGAGAAAAACAAAAUCAAGCCAAAUAUUUUAACCUUCACUCAAAUAAUUGACUGCUUGCCAUUAAACAAUAAUGCAGAAGUUGAAAUUCUGGCCUACAUGAAAAGUUUGGGGGUGCAACCAGACAUUGAUUUGUAUAACAUGAUAAUCAGGAGAAGAAAUCGGUCCUUACGGUAUCAGGAUGCAAGGGAUGUUCUGCACAAAAUUGGGGAAGAUAAUUUACAUCCUAACCAAAGAACUUUUGGCUGUUUAGCAAUGGGUUGUAUAAAACUAAGUGAAGCAAAGGAACUCCUUCGUAACAUCGAUGUAUGUUGUGAUAAGAAGGGAAUUUUAGUUUUUACCAGUGUCAAGCAAUCAGCAGAAACUUGCUCAGCUGAUACAUACAUGCAUGUAUGUAUGUAUGCACGCACAUAGAGAGAGGUGAACAGAAGAGAAGUGAAUUGGAAUUUACAAAAAGGAGAUAAAUGUACUCAAUACUUUUAGUAAAGUUUACUUAUUAUUACUUAUAAUUUUGAAGCCAAGACUUCACAGUCAGUAAUUACUUUAGAACUACACUAUCUAAAGUAUCCAUCAUUUGUUAAGACAAUGCCAUUUAGAAGCGAUUACAUUUCAAUACUGUAGAGAGAAUGUAUGUUCAAUAGUUGUUUCAUUGAUAGGCCAUACUGCACUCAAAUCUUUCCAUGGGGCUUGUGGAAAGAAAUAGGGAGUGCCAGUCCUGUGUAACCUACAUUGGCUUAUUACAUUACCGUCUUCCUUGCAUCAUCAGACUCAUGAAAGACCCACAGUGGUUUCCUUGACAAGAGCUGUGUGCUUGUCAUAGAAUUAUUGUAGAUGUCCUACCCAUGCCAGGGUGGAAAACAAACGUUAAAUGAUGAUGAUGCUAUUUCUGUUGUGUUUUUUUUUAUAUAAGGCAUCAUCAUAUUGGCUACAUACUAUGUACGACAAGUGCCUUAUUCCUACCUGAGCCUGCAGAAUGUAAAGAGUCAGAAUUUUGCCCAGCACACACGAUUCCAGUAAUCACUGCCCUGGACAGAUGAAAGUCAAAGAUGAGAUUUGAACUCAGAACAUAAAAAUCUGGAACAAAUACUGCAAGGCUUUUUGUCUCCACUGUCUCAUUACAUUAUAUCUUCAGUACAAUCCUAACAGUUCCAGAGUGGUUGGCGUUAGGAAGGGCAUCCAGCUGUAGAAACUCUGCCAAAUCAGGCUGGAGCCUGGUGUUGCCAUCCGGUUUCACCAGUCCUCAGUCAAAUCGUCCAACCCAUGCUAGCAUGGAAAGCGGACGUUAAACGAUGAUGAUGAU